AACGGGAAACAACCACAAAUGAUAAAAAUGGCUUUUUGCUCUUUUUGGAAGGAGGCUGAGGGAAACUUUGAAAAAUGACAGUUUUUUUAAUAUUUUUUUUGUUUUCCGGAAAUGUUUAAAACUUGGGUAGCAACCAGACCCUUCGGGGUCGGAGAUCGGGGUUUGCCGGGGAAGGCAUGUCGGGGUUCGGGGUCGGGUUGCUACUCUAGUUUAAACUUAUUACUAUUUUAUAGUAAUAAGUAAGGAUCGCUUAGGGUGUUUCCUCUCCCUCCCGUCAAAUAGCCAACCGGAUUUAAAAGCUUAUGAGUAUUUUAGGAGUAUCUUCUAGUGGGGUCUGAUUAUAAUGUUUUUAAGAAUGAUUCUUUGAUUUUCCCAAAAAAUUUAAUUUUUAUCUUUGCCUUGUUAUUAGAAUUAGAAUUAGAAGUCUGAAUGUUUACACCUUCAUUAUGUUUAGCAAACACUAGAGCUAAGGCAAUAGUAGUAGCACCACCACCAAUUAAUACUCACCAAAUAAUUCAAUGUUUUACUCCUUUUCCUGCCGGCCAUCGAGCGGUCUACUUUAGCGUUCAUUUUUUCAGAAGUCUAAAAUUUUAAAAAGAAAUUUCUCUAAAUUUUAGAUGUUGGGUAUGUUUACUAAUGCUGGGUAUGUGCUUAAUAAAAGGCUUUAGCCAGUCGGUGUUUUGAUGAUUUUUCUAACAAAAUUUUUUAAACUUUUUUUCAUCAUCUUACAGUUGGAUUUAUUUUUGUUCUCAAUUUUUUUACAUUUAAUUUUUUAGUAAUUAAACCAAAACUACAAAAAUGUCUGCCAUCCCUCCACCUCAAAUUGUUACUUCUCCCUCCAAUUGUAUUUACUUCAAUUCGGGCCCUAAUCAAACAAUUUAUUUUAGCGUAUUUUUUAAUAUUUAAUUUUUAAAAUUUUUGAUUUACCUUAGAUACAAAACACUGGAACUAGAAUGAUUAUUUUCAAAAUUACAACCAAUUCUCAAAUGAUUUUCAUAACCCCAACUACUGGAAACUUGAAAGGAAAAGAAGAAAUCAAAAUUCAAUUAACAAAAAGAUGCUCGGCAAAAAAAUCAGAAACAAUAACUAUUGAAUGGAUGAACAAGAUAUUUGGGAAACAAAAUUUAUUUGCUUCAAAUGGGAUAGUCUUCACGCCCCAGAUACAAUUUUCUUUAAAAACUUUCUGUCCAGAUUUAGCCAAUUGGUCCAUUCUAUAG